AUGUCCCGAUACUACCGGGACAGCGAGUCGGACGAUGAUCGAUACAAGCGGACCACGGUCACCAGGUACAAGGUCGGCCCCGACAGGCACGGCGAGCGCUUCGAACGAACUGAACGCAUCCAAGUCGACGACGACCGCCGCUCCAAGUUUUCCGCGCGCACCUCGGGCGACCUUCUCGAUGCCCGUGCGCCCCUCUCGCCCGAUCGCCCGCGCUCAGCCUUUGAACCUUACAACGGCGACCGCUCGCGCACCGUCUACUACGAAAGAGAUGUCGAGCGCGACAAUCACCACCGAGACCCGGACCGAUCCCGCAUCACCGUCUUCGAGAGCAAAGAGGCCGACAGAGACUGGGACCGGCGCUCGCAUCGUGGCCACAACGAAGACGAGCUCAAGAUUGAGAAGCGUGUAGAGGAGCGCUUCGACGACACCCACGGCCAUGACGUCGAACGCUACCGCAAGGAAACCGAAUAUUACGUGCCCCAGUCGCCUCCGCCCCCUCCCGUCAUCAUCCGUCAGCAGUCGACGGAGCCUCAAAAGAUCAUCGUCCAGGACCCGCCGCCCGCUCCCAUAGUUGUGCCCCGCCAGCAAAACCCUGGUGUCGUGGUCUUGCGAGAUCGGGAGGAACGAGAAAUGGUCCGCAAGGACCGCGACUCCUAUGAGGACGACUACUACUACCGCCAUGAGCGUCGCGAUGUCGGGCCCUACCGGGGCGACUACUACCGCAAUGACCGGGAGAGAGACUAUGCCAUGGCUCGGUAUGGCCGCCGAAGGAGAGACGACGGCUACGACAGCGACGACGAUGAAUUCUACUACCGUCGCACCGUGCGCCGAGACCGUAGCGAAAGCCCCCACCACAAGCGACAUCUCGCUGAAGGCGCCCUCGCCGGCGCCGGCAUCUCCGCCCUUCUCACCAGUCGCCGCGAUGAAUACGGCGACUUGCCCGAUAAUCGCGGCCGCAAGGUCCUGGCCGGCGCUGCCUUGGGCGCCCUGGGAACCGAAGUGGCCCGUCGCGCCCACAGCGCCUAUGAAGAUAGAUUCGGUGACCGCCCCGAGUCCCCCGACCAUCACCAUCUUCUGAAAAAGGGGCUGGGCGUCGCUGCCGUGGCUCUGGCCGCCGCCGGAGCUGCCAAGUACUACCAAGCCAGCAAGGUCGACAAGGAAGAGGCUCAUCGUGGUCGAAGCCGCACUCGCGGGGGAUACUACUCUGCCGACGAUUAUUCCCGUUCCGUGUCCCGCGCAUCCCGCCGCAGCAAGAGCCGACGGCGUAGCAUAUCUACGGCCGCCAAGGCCGCGAUAGGAACCGCCGCCACCGCCGGGAUCAUCAAGCACUUCCGCGACAAGUCCAAGUCCAAGUCCAGAUCCCGCCACGGCAGUCGCUCCAGAAGCAAGUCUCGGCUUCGGCGGGUCGCUGAAAUUGGGGGGGUUGCCGCUGCCGCCGGCGUGGCCAGCAAGCUUUGGGCCAACCACAAGGAAAACAAGGAACACGCUCGCAACUCGAGUGCAAGCAGCGACGAUGAGUACUACCGCCGCCGAGACUCGAGAAGCAGACACAGGAGCCUCAGCGGUAGCAGGCACCGGAGCAGGUCGAGGUCGAUGGCACGAUCCCCCUAUUCGCAGCCUGGUGCUGAUCCUGAGCUAGGCCUAGUUGAGUACGGCAACGACCCUUUAUAUCCCGAGUCCCGGGACGAACUGGCCCGACGACGUGGUGAGUCGGACGCUGAGGACGGACGCGGCGAGCGACGCAGACGCAGAAGGCGCGACCGCUCCGUCUCGGCCUUUGGAUCGGAUGACGAGCACGAGAGGAAACGGAGCAGAAGCAGAGUAAGGGAUGCCGCUGCUGCAGGGGCUGCCGCCGGCGCUGCCGCCAUGGGCAUCAAAGAAUUCAAGGACAGAAAAGACAGAAAGGAACAAGACAAGCGGCACAGAAGGUCCAGGGAAAGGGAGGACCACGGAAGACCACGUGACGAAGAUCAGCGAAGAGACUACUUCGACGACCGUGCACGUCCACGCUCACCUCCAACAGCAUCAGGCGGCGCAUACUAUCCGCCGUAUCCUCCAACCCCCGGCGAUCCGCCAAUGGCGAGCAACGGCAACCACGCUCCAUAUCCCGAUCAUAUCGGCGGGGCUCCUCCGCAAAGAGAGUACCAGCCGUACGUGCCGCAAGACUAUACAGGUUACGCCCCUCCACCUCCACCCCCUCCGGCGGGUCCACCGCCGCCUCCGGAGCCUGGCUUCCGGGGUGCCGGGCAUCCGCCGGGGCCGGCUCCUCCGCCCGCAGGCCCGCCACCGACUGGUGGAAGAUAUCCGCCAGACCAUAUGGUGUAA